AACAUCUCACAUUUGUUAAUUUAUAUUAAACCACGUGCGUUAUAAAAAACAACAAAUUGUCUCAAUUUCACGAUAUGGGAAGAUAUUUGCUAUUUUUCUCUUAUCUUGGGAAUCGCUACAGAGGGCUGCAAAAACAAGUAAAGAAUUCGAAUGUCUUGGAUGUCGAUUGUGUGCAAGGUGCACUCGAAAGUGCAUUAUUAACAUUAAAGCCGCAAUUGCUUAAUCCACCAGUUUUUGUUCCAUCCAGCAGAACAGACGCCGGAGUUCAUUCUCUUCACAAUGCAGCCCACAUUGAAAUAGAAAGUGCAAAGGGACUUUUAUAUCAUCCAGUCACCGUACUUCGUACUUUAAAUCGACAUUUGUUACGAUGUAAACACGAAAUUAGAGUAUUGCAGUGUAUUCCAAUAACGAAUCAAUUUCAUGCGAGACAUUCUGCAAAAUCUCGAACCUACCUUUAUCGACUUAUGGUAGCGAAAAAAUUUGGAGAUAGAGGAGCUCCUAUUUGCGAAAUGAAUAGAUGCAGUCUCGUCGGGUAUGAAAAUUUCGACAUAGAGAGAGCGAAAGAAGCAACAAAACUUUUCGUAGGAUUGAGAGACUUUCGAACUUUUGCUGCUGUCAACAAAGGCGAAAGACAAAUUCAAUAUAGACGAGUAAUAAGCGAUUUGACGAUAGAAAGGGGAUCUCCUCUUUUACCGAAUGAUCCUUUAUCGGAUAAUUUUGAUUUUUGGGAUGUCACGUGCAAAGGAAAAUCUUUCGUCCAUAAUCAGGUUCGAAGAAUCGUAGGAGCACUUUGCGCCCUCGGAGCCGGAAGAGUAACAGAAAAGGACAUAGUAACAAUGCUCCAAGUUCCCUCUCAUAAUAACUGGAAUCCACGAAUUACCCCAGCAUCAGCCAACGGUCUUUUUUUAGUAAAAGUGGAAUACGAUCCCUUAGAAAUUGAAAAGAAUACCAUAAAUUUCAAAGAAAGUACAUUCUUUCCACCAGAAGAAGAAUUAAGAAAAUAAU